AGCCCUUCGGCCCCUCGAGACCGCGGCGGCACUGCCCGCCCGCUCGGGGCCCCCCCCCGUCGCCGCGCCGCUCUGGGGAGCCGCCCCGGCCCCGGCCCCCCUCCCUCCCCCUGGGGCGGGGCAUGGCGCGGCCGCCCCCCGACCCCGAGGAGGAGCCCGCCCCCCACGGCGAGGCACAGCCGCCUCCGCGGCCUGGCGCGGAGGAGGAGGGCGAGGCCGACGACUCGGGCGACAGCGAUGCGGACGAGUACUACUGCCACAACGUGCUGCUCAGGAACGAUGGCACGGCCAUGGCGACCGGCGGGAACGCCAAAGGGCAGUGCGACCUUCCAGCGCUGCCUGCAGGGCGAACGUACGUGCGGGCCAGCGCUGGGGCGGACUACACCGUGUUGCUCAUGAGCGACGGCACGGCCGUGGCCUGCGGUGAGAACGGCUUCGGGCAGUGCGACCUUCCAGCGUUGGCUGCGGGUCUGACGUACGUCCAGGCCAGUGCGGGGGGAGAGCACACCGUGCUGCUGAGGAGCGACGGCACGGCCGUGGCAUGCGGCCGCAACGACGAGGCACAGUGCGACCUCCUUGGGCUUCCCGCGGGCCUGAGGUACCUGCAGGCCAGUGCCGGUGCAGAGCACACCGUGCUGCUCAGGAGCGAUGGCAGGGCCGUGGCCUGUGGCCGGAACGACGAGGGGCAGUGCGACCUCCCCGCGCUGCCCGCAGGUCUAAGCUACGUGCAGGCCAGUUCUGGAUGUCUGCACACUGUCCUGCUCAGGAGCGAUGGCACGGCCGUGGCCUGCGGCGAGAACGCCGAGGGGCAGUGCGACUUUCCGGCGCUGCCCGCGGGGUUGACGUUCGUGCACGCCAGUGCUGGGGGAGAGCACACCGUGCUGGUCCGGAGCGACGGGGCGGCCGUGGCCUGCGGUGACGACGCCGAGGGGCAGUGCGAUCUUCCUGCGCUGCCCGCAUGCCGGAAGCAUGUGCAGGCCAGCGCUGGCUGGGAGCACACCGUGCUGCUCAGGAGCGAUGGUACGGCCGUGGCUUGUGGCCGGAACAGCGAAGGGCAGUGCAAUCUUCCGGCGUUGCCCUCCGAAGUUGCGCGUCUUCGCGCCAUCACUUCUGCGCGAUCUUUUCCUCAGGCUUGGCAGGUGUACGUGAGCAGUAUCACGCCAUUUCGUUAUACAUAUCUGGCCUGAGGAAAGCCCCCAUCACCUGGAGGAGGAGGAGGAGGAGGAGGCGGUGCUCCUCCCUGAAGGCAAGGUCAAUUACGGCAAUGAGGCGGGCACACAAGGAGACGGCCAAGACUCAGAAGGCGCAGGAGGCUGAGAAUAAGGCGGCGCUCCUGGUGGCGGAAGGGAAGUGAGCGGCGCGCCCCAGCGGGGCGUCAGAGCUCACGCCCUCCGUCCUGCGUGCCAGCGGCGGGGACUGUGGUAAUGUUGCCUGGCGCUGCGGCUGACGCUACAAGAGCAC